AUGGCUCAAUCUUAAUUCACUAAUCUUAGAAACUUUAACUAUUAUGACUUCCUAAGUCACUUAGAUGAUCACACCAUUGCAGAAUACAUUUGGAUUGAUGGUACUGGUAAGAACUUACGUUCUAAGACAAAGGUAUAUGAAAGAAAACUCACUAAAUUAGAGGAAUUCGAAUGGUGGACCUAUGAUGGCUCUUCUUGUAACUAGGCUACUACUGGAGAUUCAGAAAUUUGGUUAAAGCCCGUCUUUUUCUGUGUUGACCCUUUCAGAAAGGGUGUGACUGCUUAUCUUGUCCUUUGUGAAACCUACCUCUCUGAUAAAUAAAAUCCUGCUAAAGGUAACUUUAGAUACAUUGCUGAGAAGGUUAUGAAUGAAGCAAAGCAUGAAGACCCUUGGUUCGGAAUUGAAUAGGAGUAUUUCUUAUUUUCUAGAACUGGUACUACUCAUGCUUGGCCUUUAGGUUGGCCUGAUGGUGGUUAUCCUUUCCCUUAAGGAAGAUAUUACUGCUCUGUUGGUGACUUCAACUGCUUUGGCCGUGCCAUUACUGAAGCCCAUAUCAGAUGUUGCCUUGCUGCUGGUAUUAAAAUAGCUGGUAUCAAUGCUGAAGUUGCCCCAAGUUAGUGGGAAUACUAAAUUGGUAUUACAAAGGGAAUACAAUGUGGUGAUCACAUGUGGAUGUCAAGAUACAUUUUGCUCAGACUUGGUGAAGAAAUGGGUGCUCAUGUUGUAUUUGAACCUAAGCCUAUCAAGGGAGACUGGAACGGUUCCGGAGCUCACACAAAUUAUUCUACUAAUUCUACUAGAGCUGAAGGUGGUCUUGACUUUAUUUUAUAAAAUCAUUUACCAAAGUUAAGAGAAAAGCAUCUUGAACACAUAACAGUUUAUGGUGAAGGUAACAAGCAUCGUUUGACUGGAUCAUAUGAAACUAGUUCAAUUCAUACUUUUAGUUAUGGUUUAGGAAGUAGAAGUUGCUCUGUUAGAAUUCCAGUUUAUACUGCAGAUCUUAAAAGAGGUUAUUAUGAAGAUAGAAGACCUGCUUCCAACAUAGAUCCUUAUUUAGUUAGCGCUAUUUUAGUUGAUACUACAGUAUUAGAUUCAAGGUAUUGUGAUACUAUAGUAGCAGCAUACAAAAAGUUUAGAAAAGAAUAAGGAGGUGAAGAAGAAUCAUCUUGUUGA